CGAUUGCGACUGGGGAUCUUCUGGAGAUGGAAAGGCUGACCCAAUACAGGUCUACAGGCCGAAAGUUAUAUGAACGACGGCGGUCUUGUGCCUGAUCCGCUAAUUCUGAACCUCAUCCUCACCGAACUCACGUCGCGGAAAUGGCUGGAGACAACGGGUACCAAUGAUAAUAUCAUCGCAGCUCUUGAGCGCGGCAAUGGUUUGUCGUCAUCUGUGGUCAAGGCCUCCAACGCACCAGAGACGUCUUUCAUCCUCGAUGGCUUUCCUCGUACGGCAGUGCAAGCGCAGGCAUUGUCUCAUCUUCUACCGAUAAAUCUCGUCUUUCAACUGGUCACUCCAGUCGACAUCAUCUUAUCGCGAAUGGCGAAUCGAUGGAUUCAUCUGGCAUCGGGAAGAGUAUACAAUGUGGGCUUCAACGAUCCCAAAGUGGCUGGAAAAGACGACGUGACUGGAGAGCCCUUGACACAAAGAGAAGAUGACAGCGAGGCGACCUGGAGGAAACGACUGGCCAAGUUUGAUCAGACCAGUAAGACAUUGCUUGACUUCUACCGACACAAAGAUCCCAAGCUAGUGGUCACAGCGACGGGCAGCAGCAGUGAUGAAAUCUCGCCUCAGAUUUUUGCAGAGAUAGAGAAACGAUUUGGUACAUAAUGACAAGCACAUUGAGGUUUGGCAUUGUUUUUGUAACCUCGACUGUUGAUUUUCCAGAUCCCAUCGAGAUCAAGAUGAUCUCUAAGUCCCAGACGCCCAGCCAGAGGUAGAUAGACUAAUCUGCGCUCGACGCGAAAACAACCUCAGGUAGGAAAGAACCGAGACUGGCGAUUAAGUAAUGCAUUUUUGUUGUCGGCGUUGGUUGGAGAAAAGAAAGAAAAGAAGAAGGAAAACGAAGACGCUGAACAUGUCGAGAAAGGACGAUCGUGGAGCACAGG